AUGGGCACUCUGUUCAUAACUGUUGUUGCUAGCUUUGCCUCAGGAAUUCCCACUCAACAGAUUAUGCUUCGAGUGGUCCCGUUCGAUCAUCGAACUUUGGCGCUUGGAGUCAACUGGACCUUCCUGCGGUUGCUCGGUUUCAUCCCUGGCGGAAUUUUGUUUGGAAUGCUGAUCGACAUCGCUUGUUUGGAUUGGGAAACGAGUUGUGGUAAUCGUCAGAGUUGUCGAGUGUAUGAUCCACUCAAACUCAGCUGGACCAUCACAGCCCUUGCUAUUGUGUGCAAACUGCUCUCGAUUCUGGCCACAAUACUCGGUUACAUGACGUAUCGACCGACAGAUCUCGACAACGGUUUGUCAUUACGAUCAGUCGACUCACAUGGUGCUUUGCAACUUGUCGUGAAUGACGACAGACCACCUGAGGAUAUCAUCAAGGAUCAAGUUUUGACUAACUGA